AUCUGGAUUGAUACUCGUAGAUAGACAACUCACAAGCUCACAAGUCUCAAGUUUACGAGAUCCGGAAAACGCGCAGGAAGUAAGGAACGGACACGGACACGAACACGGACCUCAAAGCCACUCGCUGAUCACCGCCCCGACCUUCGUUGGAGAACAACAACUUAUGGUGUUGUGAAACUUGACAGCGACAACUUCAACCUCUUCACCAACGCUUAUAGGAAUCUACUAACAAUCUAGUACUCGAUCAACUCGGAUCCUCCGCCCUCUCUUCUCUGAUAUCUUCAUCGUAGCCAUAGCUUCCAAAGUACUCAUAAUCAUCCCACAGACGAGGUCUGCGUCCUGGAACCAAUUCAAAACCCACACAUCAUGCUUCCUUUACUGCUUCUCCUUCCCCUCCUUACCCCCAUCACGGCAUCCUCUCAUCGAAACAUACUGGCAAGAAGAAACCACGCAGAUCUCGCUCUCAGAGCACAACAUUCGACAACCAUGGAAGCUCGUAUGGCCCGUCGAGCAGCAGGGAAAAGAUUAGCAUCUCGAGCGGCUCAGAAAUGUCGUGCGAAGGGAUCACUACCUUCCCUCUCUGUCGCUUCAUCCUCCACACCUUCUACUUCUACCAGUAUCGUAGCAUCGUCCAGUUCGACUUCAACUCAGACGUCUACAUCAAGUGCUGAUCCGACUACCACAAGUACAACAGGUACGACAAGUACGACAGAUGCAGGAACAAGUCAAGAGACGACGGGGAGUUCGUAUAAUGUUCAAGUAUCUUCAGGAUCGAGUAGCGGAGGGAACACAGGUAUGACACCAAAUGGGAAUAAGGCGGGUAUUUCUGGAGGUGACGCUUUUGAUUAUUUCAAGGAUCACAUCGGUUGGUGGUAUGACUGGACACCCAACCCCAGUGGUCACUGGGGUUCCCCAAUGGCCGUCCCAAUGCUUUGGGGAGCAGGUACAGUCGACUCGACCGAUUCUGAUCGCUUCUCGGAAUUCCUGGCCAUUUCCUCUAGUCCCGCAUACAUUAUAGGGUUCGAAGAACCUGAUUGUUAUGGUUCUGGUUCAGCUGGCAUCGACGUGUCUACUGCUGCCGGUAUUUGGAACAACCACGUUGCUCCCCACGGCUCUGCUGGUUCACUUCUGCUUUCACCUUCCAUGUGUCACCAAGCUGCUGAGACGGGGUGGCUUCAACCGUUCGCUCAACAGAUCAAUCGAGGAUGGGAUAUCACGAAUCUACACAUCAACAAGAAUUCUGCUUCUGGUAUUCAAGCGGAUUUGGACCAUUAUUGGAACACGUACGGGAAACCCAUGUGGAUCACAGAGUUCGCUUGCGUCGACGACUCAACCGGUUUUGUACCCUGCACAGAUCAAAGCGAGAUCAACAACUAUAUUUGGACCGCUGUACAGAUCUUCGAGUCUGACUCUCGAGUGGCCGGAUACGCAUAUUCCAAUGGCGCAGGUCUCGGGAACGUCUGGCCCUUGAUGAAUGGAGGGCAGUUCAGUGAGAGUGGACAAACAUAUCUUGCUGCGGUCAAACAAUAUCACUAAGUGAUACUAAGUGAUAUAGCUUUUGUGGAAUGGCACAUGAUAUGGAAGGGAAGAAAAGGAGGAGGAUGACAAUUUGGCAAGAAGAGGACGAGAGAGCGGAGGGAAAGCGUGAUACGACACGAUAGAACAAGAUACCCAGCUUGUCUGAUACCCAAUGAGAUGAUACCUGCUUCAUUGACCUUUGCUUG